UGGGUAUUAUUACUAAAUCCGCCGCAUAGGAUUUUUCGAUAACGCUGUUGGCUAAUUUCAAUAAUGAGUAAACAGCUGUUUAGUGGAAAUGUUUAUCGCGACUGUUGGAGGGGUGUCUGGCGUUCUGGUGGCUGUCACUCACUUAGAUCCUAAAUAAUUUUAGGGGUAAGUCGUUGAUGCGACAAUGCUCACCCGAGUCUAGCGGACCUCCUUACCAUCUAGCCAACGGGCCAGAUUAAAUCUUCCGAAGGAAAUUAUCACCUGGAAUAAUGGCCCAAUGUAAGCUAACCCCUAGAGAGUUCAUUACUAAUGCCUUUUCACCGCAAGUCGCUGCCGUUUGCUCGGCAGCGGCGGAUACCACUUGCCAGAAGAACAAUUUGUCAUUCAUCGAGCUGCUGCAACCCUUUUGUAAACUUAAUGCCGAAGGUCAUUUCAAAGAUCCACAGGGAACAAUGAUUGUAGUACGAAAUCUACACGUAUCGGUUCAAGAUGUUAGCGCACGACCGCCUCAACCUACUCUUGCCAGGAAAAUGUUGAACGAAUCCGUUAGUUCUGCUCCCUGUGAACGUACUACCAUUAUUCAAGUAGGAUCGACCGACCUGGAAAUACCGGUCUCUGUUCCCUGGUUUGAGGCUUGGAGAGAAAUGUUUCUAAAUGUUCAAUUUCCAUCCGAUCACGAAUUCACAAAGCAUUUUUUAGCAUGCCUGAUUGUUGUUUCAACUGCAGAUGAGAAUCCUUUGGAAAAAAUACAGCAUAUGGGCGCGCAAUUACAUCAAAGUGUUCCUGGAAAAUUACCAAAGUGGUUCAACAAUAAUGCUCUCAGAUAUUACGUUUUAAUACACGAUGCAGUAAGCGAUGACAAAUUUAAGGCUGAAACAGUUUUUACAGACAUGAAAAAUAUUUAUGGCAUUAAUAAUUGCUUCCUACUCCAAAUGAACUCGAGACAGCCAGGUAUCACGGAUGACAAUGCUCAUUUACCAGAUCCUUGGAGUCAAUUUCUUGUCAAGCAUGCAGAUAUACCAGGAAACAGUGACCAGGGUAGCUCUCCCCGAACACCUGCCGAUACAGGUGGAGUGUCUGCGAUGCCAAAUGAAGUCUCAUCCGAGCCUGACAAAUCUAGCCAGGCUGGAACCCCGGUAGCCCUUCACAAUCCUACUCUAGCUUCCCCUGAUGUGACUGAUAGAAUUAGUCUCUCUUCCGAAAUAUCUGUCUUGUCGAGUGCCCAACUGGAAGUUGGUCAAGAAGCGGUACCAGUUAUUAUACAUCCUCUUAGCCCAAAUGAAGAGAGGGUGUACCACUUCAAUAGUGUAACACAUCGACAUCCAAUGGAGAACAGUGCUCCACUAAACGACAACGUUUGGGCUGACUCGCCGAGUCAUCCAGUACCUCAACAUGGUGCUAGACUGUCCUCUAACGAUCUAGAGAGGUUAAGAACUCUAAUCACAGAAUUUUGCAUUAAGAGUUUAUUGCCGUACGUUGAAAAGCAAAUAGGACUUUUAAACGACGUAAUAUCUAACAAGAAAGGUGUGAGUCGAUCUCUGUUCAGUGCGACCAAGAGGUGGUUUGGGACAAAUAAACCCGGUGCUCCAGGAUCUACGUCAUCGAAUGCAGUCAUUUACGCAACCGAUUCUCCAGAAUUACAACUACGCCGCCUCGGUGAUCUUUGCUUUAUGUUCGGGGAUUAUCCACUGGCGUAUCAAGCGUAUCACAGCGCGAAACGAGACUUUGCCGCGGACCAAGCAUGGCUAUACUACGCAGGUGCUCUGGAAAUGGCUGCUUUAAGUGCCUUUAUGCAAGGUGAAAUGUCUCGAAAGACAAUCGAAUACAUGGACGACGCGAUACUGACGUAUCAGAACAGCUGCAAGAUGCCUCAGUUCGCAACAAGAGCAACCUUGUUGAGUGCCGAGUGUUUGAAAGACCGAGGCUUGUACGGAGAAGCUGCGAAGCAAUUAAUUCGCAUGACCAGCGAAGACUCCGAUUUGAGAUCUGCUCUAUUAUUGGAACAGGCAUCGUACUGUUUCCUCAAUCUGAAAAUGACGCGGAAAUACGCAUUUCAUGCCGUCCUUGCAGGACAUAGAUAUUCCAAGGCAGGCCAAAGGAAACACUCUUUAAGAUGCUACCAGCAGGCUUACCAGGUAUACCGCGGCAAGGACUGGACCUUGGCAGAAGACCACAUUCAUUUUACAAUAGGGAGACAAGCCGCUUCCUUGAAACUAGUCCUGGAGGCUACCAAAGCGUUUGAGAAGCUCUUGAGUGUUUCCAGCAAGCAGCCCGCUCCCCAGCAAGCUGCAUUUCUUAGAGAAUUUCUGCACACCCAUAACGUACUGCUCCAAGAUGAGGCGACGAAGAAGGACGCGUUGCCAGUCCUGCCUUUGCCCUUAAUAGACGGAAAUCGUAUUAAGGUAUUAUUUGGCCCUCUUCCAACUACGGAAACUGGCAAGGAGGCUUUCACUCCGGCAAGUGGAGUGACCUUUGAUAACGAAGACACCGACGAGGCGAGGUGGCUCAAAUUGGAGGAAACAUUGAUAACGGAGGCUCAAGGAGUCGCUCCGAUGAUAUUUAAGCCAUCGAAGUCCCUGUACUCCGAUAGAACUAAUAACAGUAUCAAGCCAUACGCCGUGUUGGAUGAGCCGGUGCACUUCUCAGUGGAAUUGCACAAUCCAUUGCACAUCCCCUUAUCCCUGAGUGAUGUCAAAUUACUGUGGUUGUUCACGAGGGACGGCGAAACGACGACCAACGAGAAGGAAGUCAAUAAUUCCGUGCAAUUACCCGUAGAUACUCGGACUAUUGAGGCGAUCGUACUUCAGCCAACGUGCAAACAGUGCGUCCUUCUCUCCCUGACCCCGCGUAGAACUGGGGAUAUUAAAGUAUUGGGAUUAAGUUACAAUUUGUGCAAUCCGGGUUUCUCGACCGUUGACCAGCCUGUCGCCAAUCCAUCGAUCGCAAUCGCCGGCAAGAGGUUGUUCGAGGUUCGAGGACCCAAGUUAAAAAACAUCAAAGAGAAGCCCGGGAUGAACAUGUACGAAGUGGACUACAGACUGGAGAUGAACGUCGUCCCCAAAGCGCCGUUCAUGCAGGUCUUCUUUGGCAAGAUGUCGCCGGAAAUGUUGUGCGGAGAGAUGCAGAGAGUGACGGUUAAGCUAAAGAACGUCGGCAAUUCGACCUUGUCGAACAUCCACGUGGGCUCGAGCGACUCUAGACUCUUCUCCUGGGACGAUCACUCGGAAAACGCGAACGGCGGGGUGGCAAGGAAGCUCGACAACCCCGUAAUGAAGAUCAAGGUACCCGAGUCUUAUGGCCACUCUUUGGAGGCUGGCGGAGAGUUUCGUUUCACCCUUUGGAUCAGAGCCCCUCACAAGAAAGGAAACCACCGGCUGGACUUGCUUUUCUACUACGAGAACCCCGAGCCGAAAAGUGUCCCGAAAUACCGGGUCGUUCGACACACGUGGCAAUUGACUCUCCUGGACUCCGUUCAGAUCAGCACGAAUGUAAUAAGAAGUGGAGUAUGCAAGGACGACUCUCCUACAUUGAACAUGCUGAUUCGCGUAAAGAACUCGAACGAGGUUCACGAUCUCGUGAUGAACGAGAUAUCGUUAACGAGGGUGUCUCUGAGAAGCGACUCCUGGUCAUUGUCCGGUCCAAUUGCCCUGCCCUCCAAUGUCAAUAUACAACCUCAAGAGAUGUUUCACCUCUUGCUGAAAUUGCGCAGGAGUAAGGAAUCCGACUCGGAGUUUUCCGACGUGUCCUUGACAACGGACGGUGACAAGUCCAUCACCGACUCGCCGUAUAUUGACUUCGUCCAGAGGAGGAACAUUCCGUCAAUGGAUGCAAGUCCGGGGGAAUCGCAGCUGCAACUGCAACCUGCCAUUGACAGUUCCCUGGCAGUCGCUGUCAAGUUAAAUUCUAUAUUGAUUCUCAGGUGGACGGCCAAGGUGACCGAAAGAGGUGUUGCCACUCGACACGCCACUGGGCAGCACCAUAUCGACAUUGAAUUUCUAAAUAGACUGUAUAAACAUCCAGAGGUCUCGCAAACCGAUAGAAUAGAAUACAGUGGACGUCUGAAGAUCUUUGGACCCGACAGAGACGUGCCCGACUCGAAAGUCCCUCGUAAAGACGAAUUGUCCGAAUUGGACUGCUGCAAAAGUCUGCUCUCCUACACCCUGCGACACUCAAGACGGAUCUCUCACAGUUUUCAGAAAUCCAGGAUAUGUAUCGUUCCCGUGUCGAUUAACCUACAAAAUCAUUCGAAUUCGAAGAUCGAUGUCAUGAUCGAUACCAAAGGCACCAGUAGUCAGAGUACCCUGAAUGGUGCUAAGUCUCAGUUGUACUCACCGGAAGCUUCGACCUUCUUCCGAUAUGUUUGCCACACUUCGAUCAACUGCGAGAUAGAGUCGUAUGGACAUUGUACUCUUCAAUUACACGCUGCAAUCGCAUCACCCGGCACCUACGACUUGGCAUCCAGAGUUGACGUGUCGGUAAAGACUGUAAAUAGUAACCAGUUCGUCCCCCAAAACUGGCACAUGGAAAGUGUGUGCAUAGUUUGCGAUGACACCACGUAGGGUAAUCUCAAAGUUUCGGCCAAGCUAAAUUCGUUCUCACCUCGACGAGUUUUCUCGGUGUCAUUCCUCGAAGGCCUGUAAAUAACCUCAUGUAUGCCAGGAUUUUUUAUUACGAUUUUUCUAGAAAUUCUUACCCGACGUUUCGUUUAUAAAUAUAAGGCCUUGCAUGUAGAACGUGAUUAUUCAAGAGUGCCUGACACUAUUUUCAGUUAAAAGAAGCCUCGGUUUAAAGAAACUUGGAGAAAAUGCCCCUCCCAGGAGCAAUGCUUUCAUUUGCAAUUCUAUUGGCAAUUGAGUAUGACCUUAGAAUUUCGUUUUUUUUUUUUAAUCCAAGAAUAACCUAUUCUUCCACAAAAUGUUGACAGUUCAACGGUAGAGUUUUUCUGGUCGUACCUUUUGUGCCAAAAAUGAAAUCAUGAGUCAUACUUUAAUAGAAAAGAGAUUUUGGUGCAUUUUCCCAAGUUCUACCAAGGGCUCCUUCGUUACAGUAAUCUUCCUAUCGAAUUAUAAAUGGACUGUACGUCUUUCGUCGAUCAAACUCUGUACAACCUUUUACAUAGUAUUCACAUCAGGGUGUUCUCUGAUCACUACCUAGAAUCUAAUAAAAAAAUCCAUGAUAUGACAAAAAGUACUUCACUGACCACUGCAAAGUAACUUGUUAGUGGAAUCUUCUUGUAACCGAUACAUAUCGUAUCCAGUCAUAAUAACUUCAUAGUAAUUAUUUGCUGUACCUUUCAUUACUUUUGCCACUGUACUGCGUUUGUACUGAAGAUAUACUCUAGAGGUCAAUGCUCGAAAUGGUUAUAGAAAUUUAAAAGGGAUCGUACUCGUAGGAUAAACCGAAAAAUGCAGGGUCCGCAUUACAUUAAAUAAAGUUUGUUACGAUACUUUAAUCCUAUUAGACCGAAGUUGUACAGAGAUUGUUUUAAGCCAUUUCAUAGGGCUCUAUUAUAGCACCGCAAAGGUAUUGCGUGUCUUGUACAGAACAUUCUCUUACAUAUACUGUAAAUAAUAUUAAAUAUAACAAUUCAUUGUUCAAGAGAAGUGAAAUGUUUAUUGAGCAUUAUGUAGUUACUUCAAACGGAAUUGCAAACGUCAAGGCACGUAGUAUUUAAGCCAACAGAUUUUUGUUAUGACAGCAAUUUAAUUAUUUCCAGAAGAACAAUUAUAUAAGGAUCACUUGAAUUUUGUUAUCGAUUUUUAUAGAUACCAAUACAUUCAUUGUAACAUACGAUACGACACCGUUGUAAUGUUCAUAGUAGUCUACUGGCAGGUAAUCGACUUGAAGUAAAGAUAUAAUGUGCUCAUUGUUGAGAGAAGUUAAUUUCUUAAAGCUACGUUUACUUGAACCAAUAUACGCGCAUAUAUUGGAUUUAUAUGUGUAUUAUGAGACACGAAAAAGUUAUAUACAUAAUGUAUUAAAAGUGCAGUGCGUAUUGUAGAUUCAUACAAUAAGCAUUUUACAUGGAAACCCUGUACAGUAGGGAUACAUUCAAUUAGUUUUAAAUUAAUGCAAUAUAUUGAUAUAAGUUCGGGGGUGUGAGUUCAUGUAAAAAGGGGUGUCAAUCAUUAUUUCUUAUGGACUAGCGUCAAUAACAGAUGUACAUCUAAAUAGCAGAUAUACUCCAGCUCGUUCUUCGGUAGAACCCAUAGGAAUUUAAAAUUCAGGGAACCAUCAUUAUCACAAACGAGUAAGCGAGUCACUCGUAAUAUUCCUAAUAUGUACGAUUCACAAAUAAAUUUUAUCAUUAACAUAGCCGUGUGUAAAUAAUGUAUUAAUAAACGAUAUUAAUUAUAGA